CUUCUGCAACAGCAGCCACACGUGCACGCACACACAGACACGACGAGCUGGCAACAUCUGAGCGCGGAGCUGACAAAGUCGACCAUUCGCAGGUUUGGAGGAGCAGCCGACUGUUUGUCCUCCGCCAUGGCAGCUGUAGUGCUGGUCCUGAUGCUGCAUGCCCUGUCCCUGGCCCUCGUUUCAUCCGUGCCCGGGGGCAUCUAUGACAUCACGCUGAACACAACGUCCGAGGAGGUGCAGUCCGCCGUGCAGAGGAUCAACGAUGUGUUUGCCGGUGUGGGCGACUCGGCGCCGAGGACAGUAGUUGAGGUCGUAAGGGCUCGCCAACAGAUUGUUGCCGGCAGAAAGCUGUAUCUUGACCUGCGCGUAACCGGUGGAGCCCAGGACGAGAUAUGCAAUGUUACCUUCGUGCUGCAACCGUGGGUUUCUCCUGCCCCGAUCUUCACCCAGAGGCCCACCUGCUCUCCCAUCCGGAGGUCCAACAGCCGGCCUCCUGUAGUCACCAGCAGACCGAGGCCACUGCGGCGAGUCUCGAACCGGAGGGUUCAGGACGCCCUCCUCUUUGCCGUCUGCGCCUCCGACUCGAACGCUUAUGCACAGCUGGGGGACCUGGCUGGUGCAACCUAUACUCGACAGGUAUCGGCUGGCAUCACGUUUCGCUUUUUCAACGUGAAGGUUGUGACCACCUCCUGUCCUAAAACAAACGACCCUACCUGCAGGCGGCAACCACAAUCGUCACUCUGCACACCCAGUGGACAGAAACUCUGCAACUUCGUGAUUCAGUGGAGACCGUUGCAACUGCCAGGUUACACCGCCACCAGCAUAGAGUGCUAGCCGGACACAGCCUUGACUUUUGUUUGUUUGUUUACCAUUUGAGCGCGAGACCGAACAAACAGUGAAUCAGGAACUGCACUGUCUUCACCUCAAGAUGACUCCUUGCUUGCUAAAUACUUGUUAAGACUGUCGUAGUAUCUUGUUUCCCCUUCAUCGACAGGUUAACUAUUUCAAAUGACAUUUUUUUAAGUAAGCACAAAGAAAUAAAAAGUCUUGAGCAGCUAGACGAAUUUUUAAAUUUC